GUGGCAUUCCCGGAAUUACAUCCAGAACCCAAGGGGCAUUUCCUAAACGCGACCGCCCAAUCGCCUACGGGAUCGCCAUAAAUCCCCCUUCAAUCGCCCCCCACCUCUUCGUUCUCAAUCUCUUCUCAUCUGCCUGCUAUUUUCUCGUUCGAAAUUUCUAAGAAAUCCAAAGCGAUGGCGUCGCGCUACGAGUUGGAGGUGACCAUCGGAUCGGCGCGCGACCUCAAAAACGUGAACUGGCGUUACGGCGAUCUCCAGCCCUACGCCGUCGUCUGGAUCGACCCCGUCUCCAAGUGCUCCACCAAAGUCGCCGUCGACGGCGACGUCAACCCUGAAUGGGACGAGAAGCUCGUCCUCUCCUUGCCCCCCGGCCAAACCCUCGACGACGCCGUUCUCUCCAUCGACGUCGUCCACGCCGGCGCCGCCGGUGACGUCAAGCCCCUCGUCGGCUCCACCCGUCUCCCCCUCCGCGAGGUCAUCGACGACGCUGGCAUCGGCGGCAAGGCAUCCCGCACCCUCAAGCUCAAGCGCCCCUCCGGCCGCCCGCAGGGCAAGCUCGACGUCAGGGUUGCCGUCAAGGAGCCCUCCCGCUACUACGACCCCUACGCCCAGCCCUACGGCCAGCGAUCCGCCUCCCGGGACUACUCGUACGGCUACGGCCAGCCCUACGCGGCGGCGCCGCCUCCGGCGGGGUACCCUUACUCCGCCCCGCCGCAGCCGGCGGCGGGAUCCGGUUACGAGUACGGGGCACCCGCGCCGGUUUACGGAGCUCCACCGGUGUAUGCGGCGGGGUCAUACGGGGGGACGGCGGCGACGGGAUCAUACGGGGCGCCGCCAGUGGCGGCGGUAGAGGAGAAGAAGAAGUCGAAGUUUGGGAUGGGGACGGGUCUGGCGGUUGGGGCGGUGGGGGGGGUUCUUGGGGGUUUGGCGUUGGCGGAGGGAAUAGAUUACGUCGAGGACAAGGUCGCCGAGGAUGCGGCGGAGAAGGUGGAGGACGAUCUCGCGUACGAUGACGGCGGCUACGACGGUGAUGACUUCUGAGCUCUCAGAUCAAAAUAAUAGAUAACUAAAAGCAAAGCAAGUUUGUGUUCUAAUUAGUAAUUUCAUCUACCCGAACGCUAUACCUUUUGUUACAUAUAACGGUUGGAUGUUUUGGAAUUAAUGGUUUUAUUUCGAUCUCGGUGUGGGUUUAAUUCAUGAGAUGGUAUCAUGUUGUUUUCUUUUUGGGGGCUUUUGAAAGAAGAAUGGUAUAUAGAGCCUUUGCUUAUGUGUGAAGGGGAGGAUAAGCAUAUGCUUUGGAAUUGUGCUUCGGAUGCUUAUAUUGCAUCAAAUGUCAAGGAAUUUGUUUGUAUGCU